UUGUAAUCUCCCUUAAUAAAACACGACCGUAUGUCCAGGAAAAAGUUUCUUAUGGACGAGUUUCAUUCCGUAUGAUAUCCUUGAGCUUCGUGAGUUCGCUUGAAGUGUCAUCGUUAACGUUAUGUUUCGACCCUGAAUCGAUGAACAUCUCAUCACAUUCCCUCAAAUUACAAACGAAAACCAAUGCAUUUUUUUACAAACUAAAAAUGUCCCCACUUUGUUGAGAUCUCACAAAAAAGAUCCCUCGUGUGCAUGGUUAUGCUUUCCAACACACUCUUUCUGCAGCGCAUUGAAUUUAAAAGCUGUAUCAAGUGUGUUGAAUGUUUGUGCGCUGGAGUCUGACUUCUGAUAGGAAUAAUUUGCAUAUUUUUGGAAGCUCUAAUCUCAAUCGUUCUACGCUGCACAUCAUCCGCGUCAGUUACUGCUGUCGGUUGUUCGACGAAAUCUGGAAAAUACUUUAAGGUGCAAUAUGGAACGUUAUUUACGAUUUUACAUCAAAUUCCACGGUUACGUGUUGGCGCUGGGGACUAUUGCGGGUGCAACCUUCAUGACGUUUCUGUUCUUCGAAUCCAAGAAGGAUAUGGUUUAUCCGCUGGAACGGUUGUAUGACUACCGAUUUAUGGGUGUCGGAAUACUCUUCUUUGGCAGUCUGUGGUUGAUUGCGGGAAUUGCAAUGCUCUACGGAGUGUAUAAGGAAGCGAAAAUCUGGAUUUAUCCUCUUGCAAUUCUUUAUAUGUUCGAUAUGUUUCUACUAUUCGUUCGUGACAUUGUCCUAAUUUGGUACAAUGAGCCAUGGUAUAAAAUCUUGCUUCUGAAUCCUAUAGUAGCGUUGCCGGUGUUGUAUAUUACUUUACACAUUAUGCUGACUGUUGUUGCGUUGGGCAAGCUGUUUGAGCAUGCUCCAGUGGAGCCAACCGGGACCAAUUUUGUUCGGUUUAAACCGUCGGUUUCGGUUCAGGAAGAUGGUACGACACAAGUGACGGCAUAAUUCAUGAUGUUAUAUGAAAUUGUAAUUAAUUGAAAAUAAUAUGAUUAUGUAAUGAAA